UUCAAAAGAAAUUAGAUUUAUGAGAAGAAUUCAGGCGAUUGGGAGUCCUUACUACAUGAUUUUGAUGUCCCUGGGGGCAUGUAAAGAAAAGAUCUUAUAUUUAGAUCAGAAAAUUUGGGCCAAACUUCCUCUGAACAGAGUUUUAGAUAUUUACUACAAAAACGAAAAUGACUAUUACAAGGUAUCCAGAGUUGAAAUCAAGCUGGUGAUCAACAACACCAGUAGCUUCGCAAUUUCCGAGGACGGUGUCGGAUUUUCUGAGUUUAGGGCUACGUUAUUUUUACCAACGCAUCUCAACUUUGUAAUUUACUCGCUCACUAUUUAUACUUGUAAUACUAAGAAGGCUACGGCUGAUAUACAACAAGAUACUACUGAAAUGAAUCCGGUUCAUUUGUACAUGCCUUUUAUAUUAAGUGAUAAUAAUAAUUAGUUUGUUUCAUAACAUAGCCAGAUAUGUCACCUACCAUUUUUUUUUCAAUUAAUUAGUUAUUUAAGUAUCAUAGUUCAAUCAUUGUACUACAGAUACUUAGUGAAGCAAUUCAUUAUUUCUAUAUGCCAAGUUCUCCUGUGAAGAAAAUUAAUACUGUAGACCUUUUAUUAGACCAGAAUAUAAACUUGCACUAAUACCAUAAUAAUUAUUAUCCUCUAUUCUUUGAUUUUUUAAGAUUGUAUCCCAGUUAUAAACUCUGUCUCGCUCUGUUUCACUUUAUGGGUAUAUGCUCGUCCUGCUGUCAACACGAUAUUGUAAACCACAGACUAAAUGAUAAAUUUGUUUUUGUGUGGUUGUCAAUCUGACAUUUGACAGUCAGCUGAAUGAAACGAAACGUUAUGUUUAUUUACGUUCGCGAGUCAAUCGCACGCAAAUCACAAUAGUCAUUACGCACAAAAAUAAAAAUUCUCAGUGUGAUGCUCUUUAAAAAGUUCUGAAGAUGUUGUGGUAUCUACCAUGGUCUGAAAGUAUUAAAAAAAGAGCCUGCAGGUAUCUGCUACAAAGGUAUCUUGGUAAUUUCCUUGAAGAGAAACUGACUUUGGAUCAGCUGAGUGUGGAUCUGUACAAUGGUACUGGAACGGUUUGCGAUGUUAGCCUUGACUGCGAUGCACUCAAUGAACUGGGGGACUCACAGAACUGGCCACUGGAGAUAGUAGAUGGCCAUAUGAGAGAGAUAACAGUCACCAUACCGUGGUCAACAUUGUUUAAAGAUGACUCCAUCGUCAAGGUCAAUGGCCUCUCGCUUACGGUACAACCCAAAGUACGGGCUGAACCAGUAUCAUCAAUGCUGGAGUCCAUGUGGUCAUCAAUGUCAUCGUCCAUGCAGCUGGCUGCGGAGUGCUUACGAGAGGAGGACGGGCCACAGGAGUCCCACGCAGUGGAGGGGAUCGAGAUGUUUGCACACGCUAUUGAUUCAAUACUAAGCAGAGUAAAAGUUAAAUUCGAAAAUACGAAAAUAAGAAUAGAACAUGUUCCUAAAAAUGGCGACCGAGGCAUCGCACUAGAGGUCCAUAUAAAGAAUAUCGACUACUUCGACGAGGCCGGUUCUGAACCAGCACCGGACGUCACAGACCCUGAAAAAACAAAAACAUACAUAGUAGCAACAUACACGAACAAAAAGAUCAAAUUCGAUGGAGUCACCUUUUACACAGACGAAUUCCCAUCAAAAUUACGUACCAUGGCCCGAAGUCUUAUCAUGGAGAAGUCAGUAUCGUCCCAAGCGGACAAGACUGACAGCCUAGUCGAAACCCCAGAUAUGAACUACCAGAGUACUUUAUCCGACGUGUUUUAUGAGACCAGAAGCGUAAUUUCUACUAUAGAACCAGACCCAGUCAAAGAUAUAAUAGCUGAAGCGAAAAGCCGUACAGAGUCCAGAGAAAUGACUCCGGAUGAAAAGCUGAACCAUCCUGAUCCAAUUUUAUUUGCAAAGUUGACCGGACAGCAGGAGUUGUCGUUGAAACUGAAGUAUACUGAAGAGGUUGAGGGUCCGAAGGUCGAAGUGAGGAUGCUGUUCGGUUCGUUCAUUGUGUUUAUUACACCAAGGCAGCUGCAUACAUUGUUGGAGCUUGUCGAUGCCUUGAAUCAACCGCAUUUGGAAGAUACCAGCAACAUUCCCCUAAGACCAAGCGGUAUGAACAUGCAAUGCAAGCCGAUGAGGCAAGCUGACUUCCAACUGAUUGAGGCACAGCUACUCGGGAACCUCGAGAAGCAGAGCUCGAAACGUAGUGGAGGCAUGUACGGCUGGUCUGGACCUAGUUAUGAGGACUCUGAGACGGACAACGAGAGGUUCCUCCCUAUGACGUCACUCGGCAACCAGAUGUCAGAAAGCUUCUCCUCAUCAGUGAGCUCCAUGAGUACCAGCAUGAGCUCCAGUGUCAACAUGCCGAGUGCGGCGCCCCGGAUCAAGAGGAAUAAAAAGGUUCCUCACAUAGAUGGCGACCCUACCGCUGAAGUUUCUCACGUCAGCUUAAGGAUCGCAUCUGUUUCCUGUGUUUUACUACACAAGGAUAUUCUAGUCCCAAACCUGGUCGGAUCAGACUGUAUUUCUCCGACGAGCGCCGCUAAAAUGCAGGAUGUAUCCACCAAGUUCUACGAGAGCUUGGAACCGUUCUCCGUGGUGGAUGACUUCAGCGCUGCUAAUGAAGCACUGGAUAGGACUACUGGGAAGAAUCACUUGAGACUGCUAACAUCCGAGAUAUCACUAGACGGUAGUGAGAAAGUGACGUCACUGGGCAGUCAGACGAUGUGCGAGGCCUCAGUCAGACACCUGCUCCUGCGAGAGUGUCUCUACUUCGCGACUGAAGCUGAUGAGAGCGAGGCGCAAGGGUUCGACCUGGUCCGGUUUCAGUGUAAAGAUGAUGAAGACAGUUCGAGCCCGCACGUACCCACGCCUGCGCGUGCUAACGUGCGCGUGCACUUCAAACAGACGUCCAAGUACGUGCGUACGGCCGGCGAGAAGAAACUUGCUUACCCUAAUACAGAUGUCGUUGUAAAAUGCACACCAUUUACAUUAGACGUGGACCUAACGCUUAUAGAGCGUAUGUCGGCCACGUUCUUCGGCGGUCGGUCAAACAGUGCGACAACACCGACGACGCCCGUCACUGCACAGAACCAGUGCAACAUGUCGCUACAGUGUCCCGACCUUAAUGCUGUGCUAAGGUUCCCCAUAGCGGACCUCCGCCAAGGCGUGAGUCGUGAGUUCCGUCGCGUCCGGCCCGACUACCUGCUGUUCAAGUUCCACCACGCGACCAUCAGUUCGCAGCAGACGCCGAGCGCGCGCCCCCUGCCCACCACCGUCAAUGUUCGCUCCACUAUACUUGACCUGUUUUAUUAUGAGAACGACACUUUCCCCGGAACACAUAUAGCAAGGACUACAAUGGACGAUAAUGUUAGCGAAGGGAAUAUUCUUAGUGGUAAUGUCAACACUACUGCUUUACCCACGAUAUCAAUCACAUUCAAGCCCAAAACAACUCCAAAAGGUCCCUUCGACACCUUCCACGAUGAGGCACCGAACUUUGAACCGGCCGCUAUGAACCCCAUGACCACAUCCAUGUAUAUGAUGAACAACUUGCGCCCGAACCACCCGAGCCCCUUCAGUGGGAAGAAGAUGGCGCAUCAGAGUGUUACGAAACAUGAGAGUACGCCGCAACAAUGUCAAGAGGAAGAGCUGAUAGUCCCUGGCAAUGAUGAGGAGAUGUCCGAGUUCACAAGCAGCUCCAUAGAACUGGCUGGAAUACAUCUGGAAUUCAUACUUCCUAUACUCAGCUUGCAGCUUGAAUCAAAGCAGCUAUACGAGAUAAUAUACAACCGCAUCAACUCAGACCUGUUGCUAUGGGAACCUCAGAUCGUGGACCAGUUCGACAUCAGCCCGCUCGUCUGUCCCACACUCAACCCUGCCUUUGGCAUGUGUAAAGGCACUGGUUAUGAUUCGGACACAGACAGCACAUCAUCCGAGGAAGAGAACCUGUACUACUCGACGUACGACAAUAAGCUGAGGAAAGGCAUCGGCGCGAGCAAGCACACGCAGGAGACCACGGAAACACAUAACUUCUGUCUCACGCUCAAAGUCGGGAAGGGACUGCUGACCAUCUAUACUCCUGUUAGGGACAGCAACAAACGAGUAGUACCGGGUCAAAUGGGCGAGCUGGUGCUAGAAGCUCACAGCUUAUCCAUGUGUCAGGUGAGCGGGCUCAACGGACGCCCGAAGACUGCGCAACUGUGUUUAAGAGCUGAGAGAACUACCCUGUACCAUGACUCGCUCCUAACUAUACCAUCAGAAAAGCCGCCAUUCCGUCAAUACGGUAGCAUACUACCCACACAUUUGAAGACCACUAUAUACCCCUCUGGUAAGGGAGUCAUCAUCAAGGAACGGCUCACCAAGAAGGACAUGUUCACUUUGGCGCUCAAAGUGGAUCCGGAUUCAGAGACGCCUAACUUGAAGACUAUAUGCAUAGCACUAGGCAUAGAACAAGCGACACUCCGCCACAGAGGCGACAAAGGUAUCGCGUGGCUCACACAACUCAUGGACGUGAUAGACGUAAUAGAUUACCCCGUGCCAGGGUAUACCCCGUCCACAGUACUCUCCGAAUUACAUGUGCAUGUGUUGGACUGCGCUGUUGAUUAUAGACCGCUCUACCUCCCAAUACGAACAGUGGUAACGUUAGGCAACUUCAGCGUAUCGAGUAACCUGAUAGCCGCGACCAACACAUCCUGCCUUCGAUUCCUAGCACAGGAAUGUACGUUAUUCCUAAUGCAUCUGAACGGUACGAAGCCUAAUGUCGCCGUACCUCAAGACGAUGAUAAGUUCCCCGAUGUGGUGAAGGACUAUGUGUGUGUGGUCGAUGUUGGCUUGUUUGAGCUGUCGCUCAGGAUGGAGGAUAAGGCUAACUGUUCAAACGAACAGCCUCAAGUGGAUCUAAGUGCGUCUAACAAUAUGGUAACUCUGUACACUUGCUGGGACUCGGCGAGUGCGCUGUGUCGGUUACUGACGUAUGCGGCGUCUGAUGGCGAUUCGCAAACGCCGUUCGAUCCCUCCUCGAGACAUACCAGUAUAUGUUCUGAUCAACCGUUGGAGCCUUUAGUGGGACUAGAAGAUAGACCAAUAGAAGAAAUUAGAGAAUUAUCACCUAGUGAAAUUCAACAAGUCAAUGACCUUAUGGCGGAAGCUAUGAAAGAGAGUCCCAAUACAACACUAGAAGACGACGAACUCCAUAGCUCAACAGAAAAAGAAGGCGUGGAGAUAUUCUUCUUCCCCGACGAGUCCAACAUGAAGGUUCGGUUACCAUCAGAGCCUUUGGAAGAGGAACCGCAGUCGAUAGAAUCUGAGGAUCUACCGCCGACUAUGUUUGAGGAGGCGCAGGAAGCCAAGCCCACUAAUGUGCAGGUGGCGAAGGAGUUGGGAGAUCCCACGUCCACUCCCAAGGCAACACCAAGGAAACCUAAGCGGAAAUCGCACAAAUCAAGUAGCGACGGCGGCAAUACGGACGACGAGUACUGCUUCGUGGAGACACAAGCCUCAACACAGGACAAUGAUCUGGACGAGCCAGUCGUCAACUGGAUAGGACCCGGCCCGGUGUACAUGUUUGACAAUCACUUCACCGUGCCAGCGGCCAGGACUGACGUGUUGAAGGCUCCUAAGAGUUUCCCGCUGCCGAUGUUGAGGUAUACCCUCUGCGAGAUGAGUGUCACGUGGAACAUGUACGGCGGGAGCGACUUCAAGCCGGCGGACGGCGCGCCCGCCAAGAAGACCGUCACUAUUGAUACAGAGAGGAAGCAGGGCUCGCCUACUACUGUCAAACGCAGUAAAGACUACGAGCCAUACGAGAGUGGUCGCGCGGUGGCCGCAGCCUACCGUUCGGGCGGCGUGCGCUGGUCCACUGGGACAGAACGUGUGCGAGCCGCCCGCCCCACACAGCGGCGAGAGCUGCGGGCGAGGGGCGGCCCGCACAGGGACCAUCAUACACGCGUCAAGCUGUGCCUGUCUAAGGUAAAGUUCCAAUACGAGAUCUACCCUUCGGGCGGUAUCCACGCCUCCCGACAGACGCUCGCCAUCAGCAAGAUCGAGGUCAUUGACCAGCUGGUGAACAGCGAUAUCAACAAGCUGCUGAGCCAAUACAAGCUAAAGGACGAACCGGAGAGGAAGAAUGCUCAUAUGUUGAUAGUAAAAGCAGUCCACCUCCGGCCCGACCCCGCGCUCUCGGCCCAAGAGUGCUGCCUCAAGGUGUCUCUCUUACCGCUGUGGUUCAACCUGGACCAGGACACGCUCGCUUUUCUCGUCGGAUACCUCUCCAAGCUUGGCACUGAUGAGUCUACAGAUGACGAUACGAAAAGUGUAGGCGGUCUAUCCACUGAGUCCAGUGGAUCUCGUCAGACGACGCCGACGCACCGGCCGCCCGUCAUGAGCAUCGCCAGCCACCUGCGCGACCCGCCGCCCACGCCCACCUCGCUGGGCGACGCUGACUCCCUAUCUCUCAAUGACACAGUGAUCCGCAACGAAGAGCCGUUAAUGGAGACUUACGAAGCCGAGCGGCUGGUCUCCGAGAACCUCAUCCAGCUUGAGGAGGACUUCCAGAAGCUCGGCAUCCAGGAGAAGCCGGUCGCCAAGCUGCCCGUCGAUAUGGAACCUGUUGAUGACUCACCGAUAUACUUCAGACGCGUAGUCUUCUCGCCGGAAGUUCCGAUCAGAUUGGACUACGUAGGAAAGCGAGUGGACUUGUCGGCCGGGCCAGUAGCGGGACUACUGAUGGGCCUGGGGCAGCUAAACUGUUCCGAACUCACACUCAAGAGGCUGGAUUACAAACUAGGACUAUUGGGUCUUGAGAAGCUAGUACAAUGGGCGCUGCACGAAUGGCUGUCAGACAUCAAGCGUCACCAACUUCCUGGCCUGCUCAGCGGAAUAGGACCUAUGCAUUCAUUAUUGCAACUCAUAACGGGUAUCAGGGACCUGGUGUGGCUGCCAGUGGAACAGUGGCGCCGCGACGGCCGGCUGGUACACGGCCUGAGACGCGGCGCCGCGUCCUUCACAGCUAGGACUGCAGUCGCCGCGCUAGACAUCACCACAAGACUUCUACAGCUUAUUCAGGCGACAGCAGAAACAGCGUUCGACAUGUUAACCCCCGGGCCCACACUACAGCUGCAAGAUGCGUACGCGCGGCGCGAGCGGCGGCGCAGGCGCAGGCAUGACCCCGCGAGACAACCCGCGGAUAUUAGGGACGGGGUUGCGAGCGCUUAUCAGACUAUGAAGGAGGGCUUCGCGGACCAAGCAGCCACGAUGGCGCAGGCGGCCCGCUGGUCGCACGGCGUGGGCGUGCUGCGGCACCUGCCGGGCGCGGCGGUGGCGCCGCUGGCGCUGGCGGCGGCGGGCGCGGCCGACGUGCUGGGCGGCGUGCGCGCCUCGCUCGCGCCGCCGCACGCCGGCAAGUGGCGCGCACGCGACCGCCAGGGGACCGCCCACGAGCCUAUAGAUUAAGAAAAUUCGCGUCAAUUUUGUACGAUGAUCUCUCUCACACAAUAUAUUCUCGUGUAUAAUGUGAGGGCGGAUCGCACUAAACUCAAGAACAGCGUGACCAUUUUGUAAGCGUUUAACAUUUACAUUCCUUUAGAAAACCAAUAUAGAACUCUUACAUAUCUGCUCAUAACUUAACCAUUAUUAUAUAUCCAAGUUUGUCAUCAUGCUCAAGUUUCGUUUGAUUCAAAGUUUGAUGCGAUCCGUUCAUGAACCUAGCUCAGACACACGAGGCUUCGUCGACUGCCAUUGAAGUUCACAUUUUGUUAUAAAUAUGCUAUUUUCAACCCUAUGUAUAUAGAUUUAAGGUUUGUGGCGUUUGUCAAUAGAAAGGCGACAAAUAAUACGUACUUGCCUCUAUAGGUAUUAUAAAAUUCAAACAUAUUUUUAUACAAGAAAAAAUAUUAACGCGCUUUCAAGUGAUUGAUGAAAAAUAUUUCAAGAACGUAGUGAUUCUAAAAUGUGAUGUAUUUCUUUUAUAAACCAGAGUUACAAAUUACAUAAUCGAGGUACAAAAAUAAUCAUCUCGUUUUGAUAUUAAAUUAUUUUAUAUGGCAGGACAUUGUUGCAAUAUAAUAGAAGGUUAUAUGUAACUCAUGUUAUUAGAUAUAGUCUUAGUUAAUACAUUGCGUAUUUUUUUAUUUUAUAAAUGAGGUUUCGAGUACAGAUUUUGUUUUUAAUUGUUAACGAAGGUGUGAAACAUCAAGCAUUUUUUUGGUGGUAACCCUGUACUUGAUACUUGAUUCGCGUUAAAGAAAUAGGAACGUUAUUGUUACGCCUUUGUAUCCAACGGUGAGCAUGUAGUUGCAUUAGGGACUACUCAGACUUAUUAAGCUCUGUUAAGCUUAUGCCCGUAGAAAAACGAAUUUAAACGAAAGAGAAAAACUAAAAGGAUGCGUACGCGUCUCCAUAUAAGUUUUUUUUUCUAUGGGCGUAAUCUGUAUCGAGCUAAUCAAGUGUGAGUAGUCCUUUAGUCUCGUAGGUAAUAUCUCAAUUAGAAUGCCAAGCAUAUUGAUAGAAUUAUACAGUCAGCAACAAAAUUGAUUCACAUGAUGAUCAAUUUUGUUGUUGACAGUAAAAUUUAUUUAGUAAAGUAGUUCUGUCUUAUAGUCUUUCGCAUUGCUAUGAUAUUUUAAAACCAUUAUAGUUUCAAUAAGAGACAGGCAGAAAUGAUCAUCUCAAUUUGUGCAAACAAGCUUAACAGAGGCUUUGAACUUUUUCAGCCUUUUCUCUUGUCUUUUAUGACGAAGCAAGCUUGGUUAGAAAAUAUCAUAGUAUACUUUGUACCAAGUUUAUAUAACGGGAAUUAACGCAUAAGCAUUUACAUUUUAACGGCUUGAUUUUCGACUUAAUUACAAAGGCCGUAUUCGCAAACCCGUCGUUAAUUCCCGUUACAUAACUUCAUUAGAAACUGCAAAAGCAAUACUCUACUAAACUUAGAAUCCUUAACUUUAGGUAUAAUAGAAGCAAUAUUUAAAAAAUUAACCUCUUUCUAAAUGCAACUUUUACAUGCUAUAUUGAUCACCGAAGUACAGACUGUGGUGCUUGAUUUGACAGUCUAGCAUUUUAGAGCAUUUAGCGGCUCCUUAGGCAUACAACGUUCAUGUAUAUAUCGUUGCACGACGACGGGUGCCAUGACACAUAUGUGGAAUUUAUAUUAUAUAGUAAUUUGUUUUUAUUCAACCGAAAUCCUGAUCGGAAUGUUGCCUGUACAUAGAUUUAAAUAAACGCGGGAGUCUUGUAAUUAUCCAAAUUGGGAUGUUCAUAUAUUUUGUAUCGAUAUUGGGUAAUGCUUGAGAAUGUUAAAUUUGAUUCAUAAAUUGCAUAAGACAAUACUGGCUUAGCUUAAAUAAUCAUCGAAUUACAAAGAAUUCCGCGGAUCACUGAGAAUUGUGACGGUUCCCAGGUAAAUGCUAUUUACUCAAAUAAUAAGUUUUAUUUUCCUUUUUUAUGCGUGAUUCCUUGAUAUUUAAUAGAGUAGUAAGACUAUUCCAUUAUCGUUUUUAUUCAACAAUGAAAAUAAUCCUUUUGAUAAUUUGAAAACAAUAAAUAAAUGAUUGCAACA